AUGACCUCCAUGUUUGAGCGUUAUGUCAAGAACUUGCUCAAAGAGGUGGGGAGAGGAGAUCUGAAGCCCAUCAACAACCUGAGCAACGCCACCAAAUUCCAUCAGUUUAACGUGAUACGGAAGAAGAAGGCCAACUUUCUCUCACGGUUUUGGAAACAACCUGACAUUCCAACUGAAUUCUCCCUCAUGGACAUCCUGGAGCCAAAUUCUUCAGUCCCAGAAACUGUCUCAACAAAACCGUUCCUCUUCAAUAUCACUGAGUUCCAGAAGCACAAAGGGGGUGUGGAUGUGGAGGUCAACAUUGCGCUCGAAACGAGUGUAUCAGGGGAGGCUACUGCAUACCAAGAAUCCUCCCUCGAGUUGCAGUUUGUUAGAAUCCCACCCCACACCUGGACAGCCCUUCAAAAGAGGGGACUGGAGAAAGAGCCAGGGUUUCUAAAGGAGUGCCGCAACAGAAAGGAGAACCUGUAUGUGGUGACAGAGAUCAUGAAACUGACCAAGAGCACGAUGCUGCAUGAAAUGGGCCGUGUGGACAGUGGGGGAAAGUGCUCCUUCAGCUGGAAUCCAUAUGUCAAGGGUGAAGUCCAGGGAGAGGGUCUCAGAGUGACAAAGAAGAUGCUGACUCUCCCGGAGAGCACAGUGAUGGCCUAUCAGAGGAAGCAGCUGGUGAUCAUGGUGGAUGGCUGGGAUUUCAAGUGUCUACAAAAGGAGAUUUCCCAGGAAAUGGAGGUACUGGCCAGCUUCCCAAAGAACCUUCGGGACAUCAUAUUCCAUAAUAUUCUGGCCAUGCUGGGGGACAGAGGAGCUUUACAGGAUCUGAUGGAUAUGAUGGAAGAGAACUCUUCUGGUCAUUUGGAUGGCCCUGGUGGUACCAUCCUAAAUGAACUUCAAGAGAAUACUAAAGAUCUCCUGGUCAGCCCAAAGUAUUGCAUCCUUUACAUUCUUGGAGCCAUAAUGGUGCUGAGUGACACCCAACAUGAUCUUCUGGCCCAGUCCAUGGAGAUGAGAAUCCUAGCCCAGCAGAGGGAGCUGGUGAGAGACAUCCUAGAGACAAACUUCACAUACGCUCAGAGCACUCCCUUCACCCUCAAGGCUGAGCUCCUUGCCCCACUCCAGGGUGAGGCUGCGGCCAUUACCCAUGGCCUGCUGGAGGAGUGCGGCCUGACGACAGGGCUGAAGAGCCUUGAGCCGACUGGGGACUUGGAAGCCAACGGGCCUCUGUGUGCUCUCUACGGGGCCCUCUCGGUGCUGCAGCAGCUGGCUGAUCCCUAA